AUGACAAACUCAACACUUACCACACACAACAGCUCAUCCACGUUAGAGCCUCCAAAGCUCAUGGCGAUGGAUCUACCGGAGAUAAGGGAUAUCGUCGUUCAGUACCUGGACCGCGGGGACCUCGCGAAAUGUUCCCGGUUGAGCAAGGCAUGGCAUGGAUCGGUGGCGGCAAAGGUUUGGAAUUAUGUUAAUCUGGGUGGCAUACAUUGGAAAACCCCAUCCUUCGAGGCCCUUCAACACUAUGGCGGUCUAGUCAAGAUCUUCAGAGUAUCCCUUCGUUUUGCUGAUUGGACAGCGGCCGAGCACUCCGCGCUGAAUUUCCCGAAUCUCGAGAAAAUGGUCUUGACUCUUUCGAAUGCGAUCGCCAGUUUGCCAAACUUGAGCUCUCUUCACCUCCGCGACGUUGAUAUUGGACAUAAUGCCGUCGCAUUACCGAAACUGCGAGAUCUGCGUCUUCAGUACAAUGAGGGCAAUAAUGAUUCAGAGACCGACCAGCUGCAACUCAUAUGUAACUGCCCGGCCUUGGAGACGCUGGGAUGGUUUUUCAACUUUCGUAGUCGCUGGCUCAAUGAUCCCGCGCCUAGAAACUUUGUGGAGCUGGCCAAAGCUGGAACGUGGCGCAAUUUAGAGGCAUUGACCAUGGGUUGGAACGGUUUGAUGAUUUCCGACGGCGAUAUCGCAUCCAUCUUAGCGGCCUUACCGCGGUUGACCAUCCUUGAUCUGGAAGAGCAUGAGUUCGGUCCGCUGUCCUUCCAGAUCCUCCGGAGAUAUUUCCCGGUUCUCAAGGAGCUCAGACUAGAUAAUUGCUCCAACGUGACAAAGAGCAUGCUGUCGGAGAUCCUUUCCUCCUGCCCGAAACUAUCCCAGCGUAGUCGUGGGGGCCUUGCCGAGUUGCUCGCCGAGUUGGUCGCCGAGGGCGAUAUUGAGUCGUUGACUGAGAGUGACGCCGAGGUGGCCGAUGAGCAGUAG